AUGGUUAAGCUCUUCACACCAUUCGCGACGUCGGUUGCCCUCCUUGUGGCGGCGGCAACUGCUACGGCCGUGCCCGAUGGUUCAUGGCCCGCCAGCACAGGCACCGUCCAGUACGCGGAAGCCUACGUUAUCAAGGCCGGUGAGGUGUUCGAUGGCAAGAUGCAGACCUUCGAGCGCUCCGACGUGUCGUGUGAAGGUCAGACUGAAAGCAAUGCCGACACCGCCGUGUUCAUGAUGGAGCCGGGUGCCACUCUCAAGAACGCUAUCAUCGGCAAGAACCAAAUGGAAGGUGUCCACUGUGAUAAGCACGACUGCACCAUUGACAAUGUCUGGUGGGAUGAUGUCACAACGGAUACGGUACUGUCAAGAUUGACGGCUUCUACGGUGAGGACAUCAGCAAGCUCUACCGUUCGUGUGGCACUUGUGGUGACAGACCGAAGAAGGUGUCGGUGUCCAAUUCGUACAUUGUGA